AGCAGAAAGUGUUCCGAACAGAUGAAACUUUUAUCAGGAGAUUCUAUAAUUCAAAAGCUGUUAAAUUCUAAAUCGUAAUUUCAUUCAGUGCAUGAUAGCACUUAAUACAGAAACAAACAAAUACAGAAAAACAAGCAGAAACACCGCGUUUGAAACUUUAAUAUCCGUAUUCUCAGAAUGAUGUAAAUUUGUGUAAUUCGAGAUAACGAUUCGUUUAAUUGAGUAAGUGGUAGGCACCAAGUGGGGUGAUGUUUUCGUGAGAUGGCAGCCGAAUUCUUAGCAGAGAACAAUGUCUGCGGCCAGACAAUCCUACAGAUUGUUGCCGAAGGCAGCGUUAUCAUUUGUGAGUUGCUGCGGUUGAAGGAGUUUAUACCGGAGAUUUUUUGCCUCAAAACCAAGGAAGAACAGCAAAAGUAUGGUGAAAUUAUUAUGGAUUUCAACUACUUCCAAAUAUCGGACGCUCAGGAAGCGAAAAUCGAGGCGGAUGAGAAGCUGCAAGCACUGGACGAGGAAAUUAAAGAUAACUACCUGCUGAUUUUGAAUCGUUUCUAUAUUGUGUUUGAAAGCAUUCAUAAAUACAUCAAAGAUUUGAAUGCAUUCAUCGAUGAGUUGAACACGGGAUUGUUCAUCCAACAAUCGAUUGAGAAAGUGUUCCAGAAUGAGGAGGGAAAGCAACUCAUGUGCGAAGCAUUGUAUCUUUACGGGGUCAUGUUGCUAGUGGUCGAUCUGCAAAUUCCGGGUGUAGUUCGAGAACGACUUCUCGUAGCCUACUCCAGGUACAGUGCGUUGAAAACCGAUGGGGACAGCAAUAUCGAUGAGGUGUGCAAACUUCUACGCUCCACUGGAUUCAACGAUGUCGUUAACACGAAGAAACUUUCCAACUAUCCGGAGGACUAUUUCGUUCGUAUCCCAUUGAAUCCCCUCUAUGUGGAGAUGGUUAUUGGGCGACUACGAUCCGAUGAUGUUUACAAUCAGAUUGCUGUGUAUCCUUUACCGGAACAUCGAUCCACUGCGCUGGCCAGCCAGGCGGGGAUGCUUUACGUGUGUUUAUUUUUCUCCACCAGCACAUUGCACAAACAAACAGCGCGGAUGCGCGAAAUUGUGGACAAAUUUUUCGCCGAUAAUUGGAUUGUAUCAUUCUACAUGGGCAUAACGGUGAAUCUGUUGAAUGCAUGGGAUAGUUUCAACGCGGCAAAAUCCGCGUUACUUAACACAUUGGACACCGAUAAUUUGAACGAAAUAUGCGUCAGACAGAAACGAUCGAUGGAAACACUGCUAAGUCGCACCAGGAAUAUCCUGAAGGAGGGAAACCUAACGGAACAGAAACUGCUGGAUAACAUUCCAAAGGUGACGGGCUUAAUUCGGGAGUGCAAUAUUACUGUUCGUUGGGUUAUGCUUCACACCAGCCAACCCGUUAUCGAUAUCGGCAGUUCAGCUUCGCUGAAAAAAUGUCGCCAAGUGAAGGAAUUGAUUGAAAAAGAGAUAAACUUCAAGGGAAUUGAGUUCUUUGAGCUUCUGCUGAACACUGCCCAGUUGGAGUCAAAAAUAAGGGACAUCCUGAAGAGGGUGUUGGAUGACAGAGUGCAACGAUGGCAGACUUGCAAAGAGGAAGGUUGCGAACGGGUCCAAGAUUUGGUGGAAGCGUACUCGGGGCAGAAGCCCUUCGGUAAGAUGAAGAAAAAUGACAGUUUAGCUAAGUGGUUUUCCAACAUCCAGAAGGAGAUCGCACAGCUCAGUAACGAGGACAAAGAUUUGAGCACAUCCGGACGCAAUAUCAUUCAGUUGAUUCGAGCACUGGAAGAGGUUCAAGAUUUCCAUGAUCUUAAUAAAAAUAUGCAAGUGAAACAAAACAUUGCCGAGACCCGUCAGUUUCUGCAGCAAAUGUUCCACACGAUUAGCAUUAAGGAAGACGAUUUAAUCAAUCUUCAGCUGAUCGGAGACUUCAGCUACGCUUGGAGGUUGAUCGAUAACUACACCCAGAUGAUGCAGGAGAAUAUCAAGAAGCAGCCAAGCUUGGUGAUCAAACUAAGGGCAACCUUUUUGAAAAUGGCUUCUGCGCUGGAAAUUCCACUGUUACGGCUUAACCAAGCCGAAAGCGAACAUUUGAUGGAUGUUUCCAAGUACUAUAGCAAUGAGCUGGCAAAUUUCAUUCGGAAGGUGGUUCAGAUUAUUCCGCACACAAUGUUCUCAAUCCUUGCCGAGAUCAUCCAUCUGCAGACGAACGUGAUCAAGCAAAUCCCAAUGCGGCUCGAGAAAGACAAAAUGAAGGAAUACGCACAGUUGGAUGAACGCUUAACCAUAGCGAAACUGACCUAUUCUGUGUCGACAUUUACCGAAGGAAUACUUGCGAUGAAAACUACACUCGUAGGGGUCGUUGAGCUAGACCCUAAACAACUGCUUGAGGAUGGCAUUCGGAAGGAGUUUGUCAGAAACGUAUCGGAGGCUUUCCACCAUAAUUUAACGUUCAAUCUGAAAGCGAAGGAAUCCGAGCUGGAAGCAAAGUUGAUAGCUCUGCAUAAAAUCAUUGAUGGGUACAAGCGUUCAUUUGAGUAUGUACAGGAUUAUUUGAAUAUUCACUGUUUACGGAUAUGGAACGAGGAAAUGCAACGAAUCAUCAACUAUAACGUCCAGCGUGAGUGUAAUCCUUUCGUGAAAAACAAAGUGCUUGGGUGGGGGGAUUCGGAGUACCAGAACGGUGCGAUAGCUAUUCCAAGCUAUGGACCCACCGAUAUGGCAUCAAUUACAUUCGUGGGAAGAUUGGCUCGUGAAAUAUUGAGGAUAACUGAUCCUAGAAUCACGACAUACAUAGAAAUUUGUAAUACCUGGUACGAUCAGAAGACGCACAAAAUUGUGCUAACCAACAAAAUCGCCAGUAGGAUAAACGAGGCAUUUGGACCAAUCGGUCUGAUGGGUCUUGACAAGCUGUACUCUUUUUUAGUGGCGUCAGAGCUGGACAUUUUUCUGGUUACGAUACAACGGAAGCUGCAGGACGAGCCCAGUUGGCAUGAUGUGCUCGGCAAUGUCGAGUCGGAGCUGCAAAAGGCUGACUUCGUUGAUAAUCCAGCGAAGACGUACGCAAGCCUCAUCACCACAUUCACUCGGAUAUGGCCCAAGCUACAGGAUUGGAUCCUGAAAAUCGGCCAAAAACAAAUCAUUCGAACACAUAUAGCUUUCGAGAUUAAUUGCAGCUGCAAGGUCAAAUCCACCAAGCUAGAAUCUUCGCUGAGAACACUGAACGAUGCCAUUUUGAUGGACGUGAAACGGCAUAUGCUGGAUGAAAGCAAACCGCUUCCCAGCUCAGAUUUGGUUUCCGAACUGAAUCGCUAUUUGGAGUGCGCUGGAUUAUACAGCCCUUACAAGAAGAAAUAUAUCAGCACCAAGAACCCACGGUUCCUACCGUUGCUAGGGUUUCUAUUUUUGAUCGCUCAUUUGCCACGAUUCCAGUAUAUGAAAAACGUCGACAGCUUAAUCGCAAAGAAAAAGAACGAUACUAUCGAUGGUUUUCCCUGUGUGAUAGGAUUACUGACGCUAUUCGGACAAUUCCAGGAGCGUGAAAUGGACCUUUUCAUUCAGUACACUUGUCAAUAUGUAAUGUCCUUUGUGGAUACCAACCUUAAGGCAAAGCAGGAAAUUUGCGUGGAAGCGGUGAUGGCACUGCGAUUUCUGGAAACAUUCACUCGUGUCGCGGAGAUUCCACGAAGCCAUUUGGAGCAGUUCAUUCCAGAUUCGAUUUUGAACCAAUACGAGUUUCUAUCAGGCGGCAAAUCUUGACAUCAAAAUGAUCUUUGGUGCCUCAGAGGUGGAGCAUCUUGAGUUUUUUUUUGUUAAAUAUAGAGUUUUGGUUGGUUCAUGAAGGCGAUGAGUCUACCUUGGUACGUAGAGUGAAGUUUACGCGUACGCGAUCGUACAUAAACUACGCGGUCAUUUUAGCCAUCUUUUUAGAUAUUUUAUAUAUACGAACAUAAAGCGAUGUUUCAAUCUUAUGCA